CUCCAGCCUCUGGAAAAAAACACUAAACCAACCAUAGAUCUGAAAACAAUCUCUGGACCCAGCGAUGCAGCUGGCCGUGCUAUGCGUUGUGUGUCUGCUGCCCAGCAGCCUGGCUCUGCCACUUCCCCCGGAGGCAGGAGGCGUGAGUGAGCCACAGUGGGAACAGGCUCAGAACUACCUCAAGAAAUUUUAUCCAUAUGACUCAAAAACAAGGGAUGGCAACAGUUUAGAAGCCAAACUCAAGGAGAUGCAAAAAUUCUUUCACCUGCCUAUAACUGGAAUAUUAAACUCCCACAUCAUAAAAAUAAUGCAGAAGCCCAGAUGUGGAAUGCCAGAUGUUGCAGCAUACUCACUAUUCCCAGACAGCCCAAAAUGGACUUCCAGAGUAGUCACCUACAGGAUCAUGUCAUAUACUCGAGACUUACCACCAUACAAAGUGAAUCAGUUGGUAGCAAAGGCCUUCGAAUUGUGGAGCAAAGAGAUCCCACUGAACUUCAAGAGAAUUAGAUUGGGAACUGCUGAUAUCAUGAUUGGCUUUGCAAGAGGAGCUCACGGGGAUGCCUACCCAUUUGAUGGACCAGGAAACACACUGGCUCAUGCCUUUGCACCGGGACCAGGCCUGGGAGGAGAUGCCCACUUUGAUGAGGAUGAACGCUGGACCGAUGGUAGCAGUAUAGGAAUUAACUUCCUGUAUGCUGCUACUCACGAACUUGGCCAUUCUUUGGGUCUCGGUCAUUCAUCUGAUCCUAAUGCUGUGAUGUAUCCAACCUAUGAAAACAGAGAUUCUGAGGAUUUCAGGCUUUCACAGGAUGAUAUUGAGGGAAUUCAGAAAUUAUAUGGGGAAAGAAGUGAUUGAAGAAAGGGUUAGAAACUUCUGGGAGAACACUCAUUCGUUGGAUUCUAAUCCAUUGUUUGCCAACCCAAAUCGGAGAACACUGUUCCUGCACCCCGUUUAGCACUUAUUUUACCUUUCCUUGUACUAUGGUUGGUUUUUGCAUGUCUCUGUUCCUCUGGAAAUAAGUUUUUUAUGGCACAAGUGUGUCUUACUCCUCUUUGUCUCUCUCUUCAAGCGACUUACACUUAGAAGAUGUCAGUGAAUGUUAAACAAAUAAAAUGUUAUUUCAUAGGAAAA